AUGGGAGCUUCCUGUACGUGCUAUGCUACUGUUUCUCCUGUUGUUGUGGAAACAAGAACAAUAGUGAAAGAGGAUUCUCCGGAUUUAGGAGACACAGGUACAAAAAUGCAGUCCCGUAAAACCUCGCGCUUUAAGCGCCGGAGCGAGCUCUCUGUGACGUCAGACGAUAAUCCCCAGCAGGUAUACUUAAUCCAUCUGUCCGCAGUCCUUCUUAAUCCCAGCGACUGUCCACAGCUAGUGGACUUCAUUUUGGACAAACCCGUCAUCAUGGUGGAGGUUGGUGUGGUGGUGGACAAGGGAGGCAAAUCUGGUGGACCGAAGAAAAUAAUAGUAGAACCGGAAAUUGACUGGGACGGUCUGGAUAUUACACAACAAGUACCUCGCCGUUUAUCUCUGUCUAAUGGUACCACCCGGGUGUACGGAGUACUAUCAAGGUCAUUCAACUGCCAGCUAGGCAACGAGAAAGUCACUCUCAACGCAUUGCUUCUGGGACAAAAACAGAUAUCGCUGACGACAGAUAUCCAGGACGAUAAGGAAUACUCCCUGCGUGACGUCACGGAUAUGUUUAAAUGUUUCAUGGCAGAAAACACUGGAAAUUCGAAAAAGAUUUCAACCAUUCGAAAAGUGUCAUUUGCGGAACGCAUCAGGAACAAUUCUGGCGAAGAUUAUGACGGGAAAGAAGCGGAUACCGACUCCAGAAGUUCCCGCCUCAUUUCUGCAUAUCUCGCAGACGAUAGUGUACGUCAGCACGUGCAGACAGGGAAAGAAAUCCUGAGGAAAGUAUCCGUUGGGGAGACAGUUAUAACAUUGCCUGAUAAGGAAUCUGUGACAAUAAUUUCAAAAUCCAUUAAAGAAGAGAAAAUUCGGAGUUCACCUCCUGAGACUGAGUCACAGUCACACCAGAAGAGACAGCGGCGGUACUCACUGGAGGAGAAACUGGUGUCAAAGGAGAAGAAAAAGAUCGCAAACGAGAACGUCCACAGACGACAUUCCGUGGGAGACCAAAGACGAAAGAACGUGCGAAAGGUGACUCCACAUUGCAAAGUCCUCGUUACAGAACCCGGCGCGUGGUGCGCUAAAGAUCCCGAAUUGUCAGAGCUUGAGGAGGAAGAAAACGAACGUAGACUCUCUACAGUAACAGACACGAGUGACAAUGUCUACGCCAGCACGUGCAGUCUGCAGCGCAAAAUAUCCUCCUCCGUGGAUUAUUUCCCAUUGUCUGGGAGUUACUUUGAUCCGAUCACUGAACUCUCGUGCGAGGAGGACGAUGGCGACCGGAAGAAGAGAGACAAGCAGCGAUCAGUUAGUUUCACGUGACAUGUAGUCCUGUUCUCAUUUUUGUCUCUGAUGAAUACUUCUGUUUGGGACUUUGGGCAUUCUGAAUACUAUGUAUAUGUCAUGAUUAUCGGUUGUAAGAUUAAAA